AUGUCGCAAGGACAGAAACGUAAAAGAGAAGAGAAGGAUGUGAACAACAAGAAGGCGCAAAGCGACAAACCUCCAGCGACCAUAUACAAAAAUCUGCAACUUGCCGAAAAGCCCGUAUACAAGAACCUACAGAUCGCCGAGGCACUCAAGGCUCAAUCGAAAUCAAAGAAGCAGCGUCUCGACAGGUCGCAAAAGGUCGAGAAGCCAAAGUUCAAGAACCUUCAGAUCGCCGAAUCGCAAAAGACAAGCGACGACAAAACGCAGAAGGUCGAGUCGCAGAAGCAGGGUAACGGACCUCAUAGACCACACAACCCACUGGCCUCUCGCCAGAACAAGUUACUACAAGUCCGCCAGAGCCUGCCCAUCUGGCCCCAGGCUGCCAAUAUCCGCGAUGCGCUCCUCGAGAACCACGUCCUGAUCCUUGCCGGUGAGACUGGUAGUGGAAAAUCGACCCAGGUUCCUCAGUUCCUACAUACCUCUGCGUGGUGCACUGGGCGUAUUGCCGUUACCCAGCCGCGUCGUGUCGCCGCUGUCUCGCUCGCCCGCCUCGGUUACAAUGUGCGUUUCGACGACAACGUUGGCAAGAACAACAGAAUCAAGUUCCUUACCGAGGGAAUGUUGUUGCAAGAAAUGUUGAGAGACCCUGCCUUGACAGAAUACAGCUGCGUCGUUGUUGAUGAAGUUCACGAGCGAAGUGUCAAUGUAGAUUUGCUUCUAGGUUUCCUAAGAGGUCUUGUGACCGGUACGAGUGAAGCGGCCAACAAGCGAAAAGGAAAGCCUCUCAAGGUCGUUGUCAUGAGUGCUACAGCCGAUACCGAGAAGUUGAAGGACUUCUUCAGCGAAGGCUUUGGACAACCUUCGAGCGAAGACAGCAUACCCACUAUCAACGGCGAUACCUCAAUUUCGGACGACAAAGAGGCGCCCGUUGGAAAGUUACAAGAGCCAUCUAUCUCGAACCCAAGCAAAAUUUCAACAUGUUUUGUGGAGGGUCGGAUGUAUCCUGUACAGACGGAAUACCUAUCUGAACCUACACGAGACUUUUCAGAAGCAGCCUUGUUACAAAUCUUCCAGAUCCACCGUAAGGAACCCAUGCCCGGAGACAUUCUGGUCUUCUUGACUGGUGGAGACGUCAUCACGAAUCUACAACAAGCAAUCGAGGACAUGAUACCAAAUGUAAUCACCAAAGACUCUGGCUUACCGAAGCUACUUGUAUUGCCAUUAUAUGCAGCACUUUCCCAGGCCCAACAACAAGCCAUUUUCUCGCCCGCUCCUCUUAACACACGCAAAGUAAUUUUGGCAACUAACAUUGCUGAAACGUCAAUUACGGUACCAGGUGUUCGCUUUGUCGUUGACAGUGGAAAGGCCAAGAUCAAGCAGUUCCGCAAUCGCCUCGGUCUCGACUCGCUCCUUGUCAAGGACAUUUCCAAAUCUUCCGCCAUCCAACGUCAAGGUCGUGCAGGCAGAGAAGCAGCCGGCAAGUGUUUCCGCCUGUACACGAAAUCCAAUUUCGAAACUCUAGAGAAGGACACGGUUCCUGAGAUUCUGCGAUGCGACUUGAGUUCAGCAGUGCUCACCAUGAAGGCAAGAGGCGUUCAUGAUGUUAUGGACUUUCCACUCUUGACUCGCCCAUCGAGAGAAGCGAUGGAGCAUGGAAAUAUCAGUGACUUGGGUCGUAAGAUCGCAAGAUUGCCCCUGACCCCAGCUCACGGCAGAACAAUCAUAGCAGCUGCCGAUCCUGAGAUGGGAUGUCUGUUGCCCGUGAUCGACAUCGUAGCUUGCUUCAACUCGGAGAACAUCUUCCUCGAAGUCAAGGAUCAAGACGCAAACGACGAGGCAAGAGAAGCUCGCAACAAACUCUCACGCCGUCAAGGAGAUCACUUGACCCUGCUCAGCGCCGUACAAGCCUACGCCUCCGAACGCACUGACCGCAAGCAAUGGGCCAAGCAACAUCUGGUCUCACACCGCUCCAUGCAAAACGUCAUGGAUGUCCGCAAACAACUUCGUGCUCAAUGCCAACAAGCCAAACUCCUUACCAAAGAACAACUCGCUACUGCCGACGAUGAUGAUGACACUAAUGCAAUCUCCGAGUCUACGGGCAACAACAUCUUGAAGUGCUUCCUUCGCGGCUUCCCCACGAAUGUCGCCCGACUGGUACCUGAUGGUAGUUAUAGGACUAUCCAUGGACAUAUGGCUGUGGCUAUUCAUCCCAGCAGUGUACUAUAUGGCAGGAAGCUUGAAGCCAUCUUGUACAAUGAGUUUGUGUAUACGAAUAGGACGUAUGCUCGUAGUGUCAGUGCUAUACAGGUGAACUGGCUGGAAGAGAUAUAUGCGGCACCGAACUAG